AUGACAUUUAAGGAUAUUAAAGAAGCUAGAAGGGCAGUGAACUUCUAUGCAUUGGCUAAUAGAAGAGGGUUGCAAGUGAUCAAAACUGAUUCAACUAGAGCUAGCUAUAAGUGUGCUACUGAUUGUCCAUUUAGAUGUUAUAUCUCACAGGAUGGCAAUAGUGAUAGCUAUCAAAUGAAGACAUGGAAAGAUGUCUAUACAUGUCAUCAUUGUUUCAAAAAUCCUAGGGUUGAUCAGAAUACUUUAGCACACCUAUUUAAGAGAAAAGUGUCGUACAAUCCUCAAUAUAGCCUGAAGGAAAUGAAAGAUGAUUUAGAGACUGGGUUUGAAUUAAAUGUGUCCAUGUCUAAGCUUAAAAGGGGCAAGAAUUUGGCACUUAAGAAGUUAGAGGGCAGUUUUGUUGAUGACUACAAGAAACUUGAGGCCUAUGGGCAAGAACUUAGACAAUCUAAUCCUGGCACUGAUGUUGUAAUUAAUAUUUCUAAAGAUGUUCUUGAAGAAGGGAAAAGAAAGUUCUUAAGGAUGUAUAUAUGCUUCAAUGCAUUGAAAAUGGAUUGGAAAGAUGGCUUGAGACUAUUUAUUGGGCUGGAUGGUACUUUUCUUAUGGGGAGAUAUAAGGGCCAGUUGCUAGUGGCUAUUGGUCAAGAUAACAUGAAUCAUUUUUACCCACUUGCAUGGGUUGUGGUAGACAAAAUGCUAGAACUUGAGGAUGGUUUAUCGAGCUUCUGA